CCUUUUUACUGAACAAGUGGUAUCUCCCGAUGACUACUCGCGGAAGUCGCCCGGUGUUUGUAACACUUCCCGUCUUCUGCACCAUCGGGUACUCAGAAAUGACGGCGACUCUGCGUCCGUACCUGAAUGCAGUGCGUGCUACACUGCAGGCAGCUGUCUGUCUGGAGAACUUCUCCUCACAGGUGGUCGAACGACACAACAAACCUGAGGUUGAAGUCCGGAGCAGCAAGGAGUUGUUACUUCAGCCUGUUGUGAUCAGUAGGAAUGAUAAAGAGAAGGUUCUAAUAGAAGGUUCCAUCAACUCUGUGCGAGUCAGCAUUGCUGUGAAACAGGCUGAUGAGAUUGAAAAGAUCCUGUGCCAUAAGUUCAUGCGCUUCAUGAUGAUGAGAGCUGAGAACUUCUUCAUUCUGAGGAGAAAACCUGUGGAGGGAUAUGACAUCAGUUUCCUCAUUACUAACUUCCACACAGAACAGAUGUACAAGCAUAAGUUAGUGGACUUUGUCAUCCAUUUUAUGGAGGAGAUCGAUAAGGAAAUCAGCGAAAUGAAACUGUCAGUCAAUGCAAGGGCCCGCAUAGUUGCAGAGGAGUUCCUCAAAAAUUUUUAGGAAAUGAACAGCACCCUCUGCUGGCUGCAAUACUCUUGUUACCUUGGUCACCAGAAAAGUGGAUGGAGAGUUUUGGGGCCAGUAAGGAGUUGAAGUGUAAAUGAUGAUGAACCUGGAACUCCACCAAAAGGGACAUCAGUUGGAUCCAGAGGGUGGGCCCUAUAUCACAGGAAUUGAUUCUGAGUAUUGCAGUAUUAUAACUCAAGAGCAGAGUAAUGGAGCAAAGUCCAGAGUAAAGUCAGGCAUGGUACUUCUUUUGCUGUUUUGCGCCC